UUAUUUAUUUUUGUUUAUAAUAAGUAGAUUUCAAUAAGCCAAGGCUCUACAUUUAAUCAAAUUAGUCUUCUCGGGUGGUUUGUUUUGAAAGCUGAGAAUUAUGGGAGUCAUCUUAUAUGAAGGGCAGGUUGCCAGCAAAGUCCCACCUGCCAAACUGUUCAAGAAGUUUGUUCUUGAGAGCCUGACCCUCCUCCCCAAGGUCUUGCCCCAGGCUCUUGAAAGUGUAGUCAAUCUUCAGGGAGAUGGAGGGCCUGGUACCAUCAGACAAGUUCACUUCAGCAAUGGGAGCUUUGUGAAGGAGACGGUUGACGCCAUAGACAAGGAGAAUUUCAUAUUUGAUUACUCUGUGAUUGAAGGUGAUCGUUCCUUCAUGAGUAAGGAACUUGAAAAAAUCUGUUUCCAGAUUAAGAUAGAAGCCUCGCCUGAUGGAGGAUCCAUCUGCAAGCGCAGCAGCAAGAGCUACGCUCGUGAGGGAGUUGACGUCAAUGAAGAGGAAAUUAAGGCUGCUCAAGAAAAGAUUAUGGAAGCCUUUGUAGGAAUAUUCAAGGUUUUUGAAGCUUAUAUCUUGGCAAAUCCUUAUGAUUAAAUAUAUUUAUUAAUUUUCAUGUUUUACUAAGCUCCAUUCUAGAAACUAUUUCAAUUUUCUUUUCCUUUUAUCUCCCCUAAUAAAACAAUCCAAGAUGACGAGAUUGAGCAUUA